AUGGGUCUCUCUAAGCACCGUUUCCUCUCUAGAGAAGAGGAAGUCGAAAUCUCGCGUGGCAAAAAGAAGGUGAAGGACAUUCACCAUGCUGAGUUUAACGAUGGGUCUAGCGACGGUGGCCAUUCACAGAGUUACCGGAAUACAUGGGGGUCGGCUGGAGCGUCCUUCAAGGACAAACUAGUGGGCAAAAUUUCGGGUGCUUUUGUGGAAGCCUUUGAUUUUUCUGAUCUGAUGGAUGCUGAGGCAAAGUCCGAUGACAAGGUUUCCGGCCUCCGGGAAGGAUUAGCAGCUGUGAAGCUUUCUCGGGAAACUAAGAGGCGGAUUAGAGGUCCUUGGGCUCAAACUCUGAUGUUUAAGCUAUUUGGGAGAUCAGUUGGUUUUAGCUUCCUCCAAAGUAAGCUUGAUCUCUUGUGGAAACCGACUGGGAGACUUGAUUGCGUCGAUCUAGGAGAUGAUUUUUAUUCGGUCCGUUUUGCCUUGAAAGAGGACAUGAACUCAAUUCUGGAAAAAGGCUCGUGGUUCAUUGGUGGACACUUUCUUUCCAUCAGACCAUGGGAGCCUUUUUUCAAACCAGCCAUGGCCAAUGUCUCUUCUAUUGCUGUUUGGGUUCGACUCCAUCAACUUCCUUUGGAACUCUAUGAAGCUGAGGUGCUGAAGCAAAUUGGAGAUGCUAUUGGUAAAGUCCUUCAUAUAGAUGCUCACACAGCAUUAGAGGCGAGAGGGAAGUAUGUGAGGUUAUGUCUCCAAGUGGACAUCAACAAGCCACUCAUUAAUACUGUGCUUAUUGGCAGAUUUGAGCAACAGGUGGUUUACGAGGGUAUCCAUAAACUCUGUUUCGCUUGUGGUAGGAUCGGACAUAAGAAGGAUGAUUGCCCUCACACUAUUCGGAAGCCAGUUUCGCCGGAGAGGGAGGAAAACGGUGAGCCUGAUGAGUCAGCAAGGUCACGCAAGGUGCAUGCUACGGAUAGUACUACAAAUGGGUGUGGCACAUGA